UGCCUCAUCACGGCUUCCGUUGCGCCACAAUGAUUGGUCAUAGGGAAAAUAUGGCGCUGUCCGCGUAAUUGUGAAAACAUCAUGAAGAAAACUUAAAUGUAGUGUUUCGCAGGGCAGAGCAGAGAGUUCGAUACUUUCAUAUUUCAUAACGGUAUGUUGCAGUUAUUAUGUUGUAAUGUCAAGCACGGUGAAAUUAGCCAUGGGGUUUUCUCUACAUUAGCUUCGUCGGCUUGCUAACAAACCUGCUAGCAUAAUAUGCAACGUUGGAACAGGAGGUUCUGAUCUUACAAAUCUUAACGCCCCCAACAUGCCUGCCUUCAGGCAAGUGGGAGAGAAGCAGCUCCCUAACCCUGUACUGUGUAUGGCAUGGUCUCCCAAAAGGGAUCUUAUUGCUCUGGCCAACACAACUGGAGAGUUGCUGCUACAUCGCUUGGCUAGUUUCCAGCGUGUUUGGAGCUUACCACCCAGUGAGUAUACUGGGAAGGAGAUCACUGCACUUGCCUGGCGACCUGAUGGCAAAAUACUGGCCUUCAGCCUCGGAGACACCAAGCAGGUGGUUCUGUGUGGUGUUGAGAAAGCAGAGAUCCUCCACGUGUUUCUAAUGCAGAACCCUGUGACCUGCAUGCACUGGAUGGAGGUGAUGGAGGAGAGCAGUGCCCUCAGCUCCUUCUACAACUCAGAGGAUGAAUCCAAACUUUUUCUUCCCAAAUUACCAACACUCCCCAAGAGCUAUAGCACAACUUCAAAGAUCUUCAGUGAGGAAAAGUCUGAUGAGAUAAUGAAUCUCCUGGGAGAAGUCAGGCUGAACGUACUUGUUCUCGGAGGAGACUCUGGCUUUGUGGAGCUUUUUGCCUACGGGAUGUACAAGAUUGCCACUCUAGCAGGGGUGUCAGGAACCUGUCGCAGCCUGAGUCUGUCCAGUGAUCUCAAAUCUUUGUCUGUCAUCUCAGAAGUCAGGUCUGCUGACAACAACCCAGAGAUCUGCUACAUUCAGCUUGACACAGGGUUGUUGUCAGACUGUCUGCCUGAGAUGACCAGGAUGGCACGCAAGUUCACCCACAUCUCUACCCUGCUGCAGUACCUGCACCUCUCACUUACAUGUAUGUGUGAAGCCUGGGAGGACAUCCUCAUGCAGAUGGACCUUCGACUCACUAAGUUUGUUCAGGAAAAGAACACAAGCACUCAGGUUCAAGAUGAGUUUCUGGAGCUUUUGCUGUGGGGACAAUCAAGCCCUGAACUACAGGCUCUUCUCAUGAACCAGCUGACCGUCAAGGGCCUGAAGAAACUCGGCCAGUCCAUUGAGUCCUCUUACUCCAGCAUCCAGAAGCUGGUGAUCAGCCACCUGCAGAGCGGCUCUGAGGCUCUGUUGUAUCACCUCAGUGAGGUGAAGGGCAUGUCCCUGUGGAAGCAGAAGUUCGAGCCCCUCGGUCUGGAUUCAGCAGCUAUUGAAGGCGCUAUCACAGCUGUGGGCUCAUUUUCUCUGAAAGCCAACGAACUUCUGCAGGUGAUUGACAAGAGUAUGAAGAACUUUAAAGCCUUUUUUCGGUGGUUGUAUGUAGCUAUGCUAAGAAUGUGUGAGGAGCAUGUGCCACCAGAACUCAACAAGAUGACUCAGAAGGACAUUGCCUUUGUUGCUGACUUCCUGUCUGAGCACUUCAGUGAGAAUGAGGAACUCUUUGAUCGUAAAGGGAAGUACUUCAACGUAGAACGAGUCGGUCAGUACCUGAAGGAUGAGGAUGAGGACCUCGUGUCUCCGCCCAACACAAAGGGAAACCAGUGGCUGACGUUUUUACAGGAGAGCUCACACCUGAAGGAGAGCCCUUUGCUGUUUCCUUCAUAUCCCCAAAAGUCUUUGCACUUCGUCAAGAGGAUGAUGGAGAAUGUGAUUGAGCAGUGUCUACAGAAGCCUGCUGAAGUGAUUGGGAAGUCUGUAAAACAGGCCCUAUUUUUGCCCCUGUAUACCGUGCCAGAGAGCUCUGAAAACACUCCACGGCUCUUUGAACUUCCAUCUUUAUGGAAUGACAAGAAAGCCAAAAUGCACUAUGUGUUGUUCUGCAUGCCAGAGAUUUCACCCUGCAAGCUUUACCUAUUACGCAAAGGAACAGACCCAAACAGACAUAUCCCCAACAGUGUCAUGUCCAUCGACCUCAGCCACCAUCUUGACAAUGCCGAUGAUGAUGAUGCUGCAGCUCAGCCUAAUUAUGUAUACAGCUGCCUGGAUGCUCGUUUCUACGACGAUGAAAUGCUAACUGUGGUCUUGCAAGGAUCAGAAGAAGAGAACAGAAGGCGUGUCCUGGCUCAGCUUCCUCUUGCUUCCACCCUGAGCUGUGAUACUGAAUUCAAGUGGGACCCUAACCUGAGGUUGGACCAGCAGAGCAGAGCCAUCCCGUGCCAAGGUCUGGUGUUGGGGAACCAGUGGCGUGAACUGGAGAGCAUGAAGGCUCAGUUUGUAGCUGUCAAUGGAAUCCGCAAAGUGGCCUGUGUGCUAAGUGCCAAUCUGAGGCACAUUCGUGUUUUUGAGAUGGAUGUGGAAGAUGAAGAUGAUGAGGGAGCCGAGUCGCAGAACGCCAGCGCUGACCAGGAUGGACUGGAAACUACUAUGACCAGCCAGGGGCAGGGAGAGGAGAGUGUGGAGGCUGAAAAUGAAGCUGGAGAGCGAGGAGGAGGUGUGGUUCAAAAACCUGAGGAGCAUCUGGAGUCAGAGGAAGCCCUGGAACUCUCUUAAGACUGAGACACAGAAACAAGCUACACAAAUAUAAGACUUGGCUCCAUCUUUUGCUUGUUGUGAAAGAUUUUUUUUUUUUUUUUUUACAUUCUGAAAUGUGUAAUGUUUGUAUAUGAAAAUAAACAGGCUUGUGCCCAUA